AUGAACGUGUCUCUGAAGGACCUUCCCCCGUAUUCAUACACAAGCAGAGAAGAGUACUCUCGCAAACUGCAGGGCCUUAAGGAGGCGCAGCAGCAGGCAUACCAGGAGAGAGUCGAAAAGAACAAGGAACAUGCACUCAACAGAGUGAUGCAAAUUACAGCAGAAUACAAGAAAUCGGAAUUGGACAAGGAUAUGAAGGAGAAGCAGGCAGCAAUAACCAACAAGCUGUACGUGUCCGGUGACCCGCAGUUCUUCGUCGUAAUUCUCAUACGUUCUAUGAUACGCAUGCCCGCCACGUUGAAGAAAAUAUGCGAACUCUUCAGGCUCAAGAAGAUAAACACGCUCGUGAUCGUCAGGAACAACGAAUCAAACCGUAGAAUGCUGCAGAAGCUGCGCAAUUUCAUUGCGUACGGGUUCAUUGAUGUUAAUUUGCUGAGGGCACUGAUCUAUAAAAGAGGAUUGGGACGAAUUGAUAACAAGGCGGUUAAUCUGACAAACGAGAACAUUGAGGAUGUUUUUGAGGGUGAGCUGAGGUGUGUGGAGGAGAUUGUGUAUCACAUCCACUACGGCACGGAGCAUUUUAAGGUGGUUAACAAUUUCUUGAUGCCCUUCGGGCUGAACUGUCCUAAAGGCGGGUUCAGGGGAAAGAAGAACAGAGAUUAUGUUGAGGGAGGAUGCGCUGGUAACUGGUACAAUGAAAUUGGUGCCCUGGUGAAGAGGAUGAUCGAUUAAACAGUGAUUUAAAAGAA